CUUUCUGUGUUUCUUCCUUUCUUUCUCCGCCUCCUACAGAGUGAAACAUCCUGUCACACAGUCCAAUCUCCGCAGUUGUAGUCCGAGUGACUUCCGGGACAGAUCAGCGCCUCAAAGCAGCCCUGGUUCUCCGCCUGAUGCUCCCCAUACUCCGUCUGCUAGUCCUCCGCAGUCCCGCUCCUCAGCUCCGGUCAUUUCGAGCCGACUCGCCCGCCUCUGCCUCCCGCUUCCAGAACCAGAACCAGCCCGAGAUUCGGAGUCCCGACCGGUCCGCAACCGACAGCGGAUCUUAGCCGAGAGGCUAGCGGAGUUAGCUGUGCAGACAGCGGGGUGAGGGUUCGGUCCCGACGAGGCAGAGAGCGCAGCAUGGUGGGUGGCAGCAGCAGUAAGGCCGGGGAGGUUCCGACCCAGAGUCAAAAUGAAGCCAACAGGAAGUUGAAGUACAUCAGCCUGGCAGUCCUGGUGGUCCAGAACGCCUCGCUCAUCCUCAGCAUCCGCUACGUCCGGACGUUGCCGGGCGACCGCUUCUUCGCCACAUCGGCCGUCGUCAUGGCGGAGGUCCUGAAGGUGGCAACGUGCCUGCUCAUCAUCCUGCUGCAGAAGAGAUACGCCCUGAAGGAGACGCUGUGGUUCCUGCUGGACUCGGUCGUCCUGCAGUACCAGGACACGCUGAAGCUCGCCGUGCCGUCGCUCAUCUACACGCUGCAGAACAACCUGCAGUACGUCGCCAUCUCCAACCUGCCGGCCGCCACCUUCCAGGUGACCUACCAGCUAAAGAUCCUCACCACGGCGCUCUUCAGCGUCCUGAUGCUCAGGAAGUCUCUGUCCAGAGUCCAGUGGGUUUCCCUGCUGCUGCUGUUCGCCGGCGUCGCCAUCGUCCAGGUGCAGCAGGAAGGAAAGAAGGAGGCGGCGGUGGCUGACGCUUCCAACCAGAACUACAUGGUGGGUCUGGUUGCCGUGGUGAUCAGCUGCCUGUCGUCGGGCUUCGCCGGCGUUUACUUUGAGCGGAUCCUCAAGGGCAGCUCUGCGUCAGUGUGGAUGAGGAACGUGCAGCUGGGCGUCUUCGGCACGGCGCUCGGACUGCUGGGAAUGUGGUGGAACGACGGCGCCGCCGUGGCCGAGCGCGGUUUCCUGUUCGGCUACACCGGCAUGGUUUGGUGCGUCAUCUUCAACCAGGCGUUCGGCGGGCUGCUGGUGGCCGUGGUGGUGAAGUACGCCGACAACAUCCUGAAGGGCUUCGCCACUUCCUUCUCCAUCAUCGUUUCCACGGUGAUGUCCGUCUACCUGUUUGGCUUCCACGUGGACCUGCUGUUCACCGCGGGGGCGGGGCUUGUCAUCGGCGCCGUCUACAUGUACAGCCUCCCCAAGGCGCCCGGCGGCAUCCCGGGCCCUGACCCCUCCUCUUCCUCUGCGCCCGCUGAGCCGCCGAGGGGAGGCGGGGGCGGCGAGAUGGAGCCGUUUCUGCCAAAGUCAGUCCUGGUGAAGUGAUUCUGUGUCUCUGGCGCCACCUGGUGCUGGUUUCCUCUCUGCUCCAACUAACCAAUGAGUGAGCUCCUCCUGCUGCUGCGUCUCCUCCUCUUCCUGUCCUUCUAACCUUUGCCCCUGCUCUCUUCCUCAGAGCUCCUUCCCCAGCCGCCAGCGCCACAGACUAAUUCCUGGAAGCUGAGCAGGAAGGAGCUGGAGCGCCCCCUGCUGUUCUCUCUGCCUUAAAACUCUUUGCUAUCUGAAAGAAGCCUUACACUGAUUGGAUCCUGCUUGGUAAUUGCUGAUUGGUUGGUCUGUGUGGGGGCGGGGCCACCUGCAGACUGUAUGGUGCCUUUUCCUCUUGUCUGAAGCCAUAGGGUGGCGGUUCUGAUCCCGGCCUGGCGUUGCCCGGUCCGGUCCGGUCCGGUCCGGUCCGGUCCUGCUGCUUGCUGGGAAUGUGCUCAUUGAUUGGAGCAUUUUUUAAUUCUUUAACUAAUCUGUGAUGUUUGUUGUUGGAGGGGGCGUGGCCUAUCUGUAGGCGAGGUCAAGGAUUAUCGUUUCAUUUUUGUCUCCAUUGAGAUCUGAUGUGUUCCUGAGAACUUGAGCAGGUCCAGAAGGAUUCACCAGAACCUUCAUGUGAUAACCCAAACCACCAGAAGAUGGCGCUGUCCAAUAUUUCUCUAAACGUCUAAAAAGGAGCUCUUAUGCUUCUGUUGACGGAUGUUCGUCACAUCGUGGCGGGUGGGCGGAGCCAGUAGUUAAUCUUGGUCCCGCCCACAUCCGCUUGUCGUCACCGCUGGGUUUUCUUUUUAUCAAAGAAAGCAGAAGUAUUGUCUCACAUUUCACAGCAGACUUCUCUUGUCAUCCAUCAAACUAAGAUCAGAUGAAAUUGAGUAAAACAGAAUUGGAGAUCACAUGACCUACAGAGACUGAAGCAGAUCAGAUUUUUAGUUUUCAAAACCAUAAAAUAACCCAGAAGUUUUUAUAAGACAUAACUAGAGAAAAUGUUUCAUCAAAUCCAAUUUAGAGGUUCUUUCAUUUCUAGAAAAAGCUGCGUUCUGAUUGGACCACCCAAAAUGUCUCCAUCCAAUCAGUCCAACCGUUUCAUUUGGUCCAGAGUCCCAAAGGUUAUAACUCUUGUUAAAUUCCUUCAAAACUUUUUUGUCGGAUUUAAAUGCUGUUUUCCGGGUUGGUUGGAAUCGGACCUCGGCUCACCCGGAUCACUCGGGUCCAUUUGGAGACAAAAACCCUGCAGAACUGCGACGAUUUCUCUGGAGGAACUUGUUUCCGUUUUCUUUCUGUUUAGGUGAGUGAGGAGGAAGAGGAGCGGUCCGGACUCUUCCUCAUGUUGAUGACAUUGUUUGGGAUUCUGGUGGGAUAACGAGUAUUUUAUAGUUUUUUUUUAUUUUGGUUUUUCCUGAAUCUGAAACUUUUCUUCAUCUUCAAACAGAAGCUUCAGUUUUUCAGCUGUGCAGAUGUUUUCCAGGCAUUUUGGGUGUUAAAGUAUUCGGACCUCCAGGAUGAUUCAGAACUAGAACCCAGCGGUCUGACAGUGAUGAUGAUGAUGAUGAUGAUGAUGAUGAUAAUGACAAAAGAAAACAGAAUUAAUUCAUAUGAAUAUCAAAAGUUUUUUUCCAUAAUGUUCAUUUGAACAACAUUCAAUUAAAAAAAAAAUCAACAAUCGUCAAAAUAGUCAUUUUCUUCAAACAUGACUGGAGAAAUAGAAAAGUCAUGUUUAAAUAUGUUUUGACCAAGAAGAACAAAAUGAAGGAUGAAGUUUUAUUUCUUUUAUUUCUUUGUUUCUGCUUGCUGUGUCUGGUCAUGGCCACCAGGGGGCAGCCCCAUCAGACCCUGGUGGCGUUUGGCUCGUUUUUAAAAUCCUUUCAACGUUAAAAUCUGUCAAGUCACUUAAAGUAAUGAAACAUUUUCCAUUAAGUAAAAUCUUUUGAUAUCUUUUGGUCCACAAAUAAAAAAUGCUGAAAAGCCAAAAGUGUAACUAAAAUAUAUUUUCUUUUUGUCUUGUUUUUGCAAUCAUAAGUUAUCAAAUUGAUGUAAUAAAUGUUAUUCCUGAGCAAUAGAAAUGCGAGAUAAAUGAAGAAUAUCUAAAAAUGUAAAUUAUACGUAAAUAUUGAAGCGGUUUUUUUUAUCUGUGCUGAAAAUGAAAACAUUUUAUAUUUUUCUUGAAAGCUUUUUUGUUGGAAAAAAAUCAUGAGCAUCUGAAGGGAGAAAUGAUUUGACCAUUCUUGUUUUUAUAUUUGAACAAACUGAGAUAUAUCAGUUGUUUACAGGGUUGUUUUUAUUUCUGUGUAAAAAUGAAAUCCCAUGACGUUAUAAAUUCACCUGAAUGACGCAGAGUUCCUGUGUUUGGUGGAAAUCUGUAGAUUUUCUGAAUCAGAUCUGAUCUGAGCUGACAGCCUGGAGCGCCCCCUGCUGGAUGUUUCCUUGUGUUGACAACCGGAAACAGUCCCAGCUCCGGGUUUCAUGUCCACUUCCUGUUUUUCUCAAACUGUUGGGACAGUUUGUGCGGUUGCACUCGGUUGUUGGUUUGUAUCACAGCUUGUGAGUUUGUAAAUACUUGUUUUGGUAAAGUUUUAUAAAUCAAACACUAAA